AUGGCGCUCUUCGUCCUGGUCGCGCUCUCCCUCUCCCACGUUGCUUCCUCCCUUCGCCCCAGCCUGGGCGUUUGCAGGGCCAGCGGAUACCUUCCGGGGAAAGCCGGCCAUUGCGAGAAGAGCAACGACCCGGACUGUUGUGAGGACGACAAGAGGUACCCGCAGUACCACUGCUCGCCGCCCGUGACAUCAAGCACCAAAGCCGUGCUGACGCUGAAUAGCUUUGAGAAAGGUAAGGAUGGUGGUGGCCCGUCGGAGUGUGACAACUCCUACCACAGUGACAAGGAGCUAGUCGUCGCGCUCUCCACUGGCUGGUUCAAAAACAUGGCCCGAUGUGGCCACCGCAUCAAGAUCACCUCCAAUGGCAACUCUGUGUACGCCAAGGUGGUGGACGAGUGUGACUCUGUGUACGGCUGUGAUGAUGAGCACAACUAUGAACCACCGUGCGCCAACAACAUCGUGGACGCCUCGCCUGCAGUGUGGAACGCCUUGGGGCUCGACCAGAAUGUUGGCAUGGAGGAUAUCACCUGGUCAGAUGUGUGCCGUGCCAGUGGCUACCUUCCUGGGAAGACGGGACACUGCGAGAAAAGCAAUGACUCGGACUGCUGUGAGGAUGGCAAGCGAUAUCCGCAGUACCAUUGCUCACCUACAGUCACCGCAGACACAAAGGCUGUCCUGACACUCAACAGUUUUGAAAAGGGCAAGGAUGGCGGCGGUCCAUCUGAGUGCGACAACGCCUACCAUAGCGAUGAGGAGAUGGUCGUUGCGCUCUCCACAGGUUGGUUUGAGAAUAUGGGCCGAUGCGGCCAUCGCAUCAAGAUCACCGCCAACGGUAAGUCCGUUUAUGCUAAGGUAGUGGACGAAUGUGACUCCGUGUACGGCUGUGAUGAAGACCACAACUACGAGCCACCAUGUGACAACAACAUCGUUGAUGCCUCUCCGGCAGUAUGGAACGCCCUAGGUCUUGAUCAAAAUGUUGGUAUGGAGGGCAUCACCUGGUCUGAUGAGUAAACAGCUUGGUAUAUACAUGGGGUGGGACCAUGCAGAUAUAUGUUGGGUCAUAUGUGAUUAAUACGGUAGUGCUGUGAUAGAGUUCUCUAGUUUGUAUGCAUUCAUGUAAAUUUCUUCAUGUAUCAUGAACAUUUCCCCAAAUUCUUGUGCA